GUUUGUGUUGUUCGAGCUAAGCGCGACGAAAAGUAAAAAUGGACGGUCAAUAGUUAUCCUUGUAGAAGUGGAUUAUUUAUUUUUUUCGUUUAAAUAUAGAUAUUGUCGUCAAACUGGGUGCCAAAACGGUCGAACGUUUCUUAAACCUAGCGGACGACAGCUUCGUCGAAGAUGUCAGCGACGACCUAAAAUGUUUUCUUGCCGAAAAAAAGGUGAACAGUGUCCUCGUGUUUCCGCCUGUGAGUAACUACCGCCGGUUCCUGAUCCACCGCUGUGUGGAAGAGCUCGCCAGGCCCGACAUCACCACCUUCUCCAUCGGAGUCAGCGACGAAAGGAGAACAGUCGUGUGCUACCGGGAUAAAUUACUAAGUGAUGAAGCUUGCGCUCGACCAGCCAUGGGCUUGACUAAGGAGAGAGAUGAAGAGAAUAUCCCACAGAAUGACGCGGCGGGGAGCAGGGCUGCGCGGGCGCACGAAAAGAUCAGGAGUGCUUCGACGAAACCUCGACGGCCGGACAGAGCUGUGUAUGUGCCGCGAGCUCUUCGUACUGCCGACAGUACCGAGGAGCGACCGCCCGACAAGAAACCUCCCUCCGUCGAAGGAAAGUGCCCCAAAUCCCCGGCUCCCAAAGAUAAAUCAGCUCACGGAACACCAAAAAAAUCUCUAGGCAAAAAUUUCUGCAACGUCUACACGCCACCGCAUCUCAGGAAUCAAAGAUCUCACACAGCACCGAGCAUAGAACCGAACACCACCGGCGACGCCGACAAACCUGUGCCUUCAGGCUGCCAAGUGCCAAAUAGUGAUAGUGCAAUAUCUUUUAGUGAUAAUAGUUGUAAUGAAAUAGAUGUAGGAGAGAGUUUUUAUAUAGGAGAUUAUUUUACUAAUGGACAAUUGGGCUUCUAUAGGCCACCGAGUUUGUACGAAUAUAGCGACGGUUCCAAUUACGCCAGUGACCUUAACACAAAUGAGUCGAACGAAAUAAACAUGGCAGUACAAGAUACUCAACAGGGAAACAUAAUAGAUACUGAUUAUUUAUAUAAUAAAGACGAGGACGUUGAAGAGAAUGAGUUGAGACGGGUGUCACAGGAGAUAAAUAGAAGUAGUAAAAGAAUUAUAAAGCAGAGCUUCAAUUCGGAUAUACUGGUCAUAUCGGACCCCAUAGAUGAGUCUCCUAGUCCUAAAGAGCCCGAAGUUGUAGACGAAAAGGAGCCGGAACCUAAAAAGCCUAAACCAAAAUUGGAGGCUAAAGUGUCGUUGAAACGCGAAGAGAACGAUUGGGAUGCGGUAUUCGAUGAGAGUGGGGAGUGUUUGGAUCCGUCGUUGCUCGAGGAACUUACGUCCACAGUUGGAAAAGUUCACAUCAGCAAAGCUAAGAACAAUUACGACCAAUACCAGACUCGAGGUCAGGCUCUCUUCAACGGACCCUUCGACGAGACGUUCGCGCACGUAGUGGAGGUGUAUGACUUUCCGAGUGAGUUCAAAACGAACGAUCUGUUGUCGCUGUUCAGUGAAUACAAGGACACUGGCUUUGAGAUCAAGUGGGUGGACGAUACGCACGCGCUCAUCGUCUUUAGCAGCGCAAAAAUCGCUGCGGAAGUGCUGUCGACGCAACGGUCACUUGCGCGCUGCCGGCCGCUGCACGCGGCGACGCUCGAGUCUCGCAACAAAGCCAAGAAGUGUGCCGAGUUCCUACAGCCGUAUAGACAACGACCGGAGACGUGCACGGCGCUGGCGCGGCGGCUCGUGUCGGGCGCGCUCGGCGUUCGGCUUAGCACCGCGCGCCAGGAGCGGGCUGAGGAACGCCGCCUCAUCACCGCCGCGAGGGAGAAGAAACGCCAAGCGGCACUUCACAAGGAGGCGGCGUGGGACGGCUCUCUCGCCAACCAGUCGCUGGACGCCUGAGAACGCGGGUUGCAAGAUGAUGUAUGCACUCUCCGUCGUGUUACGAAGCUCUCAAAAUAGAUGUAAUAAAUAAUUAUAUUUAAGUAAAUAAAUAUUUUUUUAACAUAGAAUAAUAAAUUGCCAAGAGAUUUUAAUUAUGUUAUAUCAUGGAUUGAAAUUGUCUAGUGAAAGCGGCUUGUAUGUAUAAUUGUAUAUUCAUAUUUAUUUUCAUAUACUUUAUUUUACUUUACAUUACGCUGCUAGUAUAGUGGGAUAGCCGGUAGAUGCACUGAUUGAAGCUCAAUAUUUUUAUUCCUUAGAUCACAAAAUAAAAUUGAAACAAAAGGAUCGCUAGUACAGUCGCAAAGAAAAUUGGUUUUUAACUUUUAAUUUUGUCACAAACUUGUCAAAUAACAUGACAAUACUUCGAUUUACAUGCUGAUAAAGAAAUUUUAUUAAAGUUUUAACUUUUACAAUAUUUACUCGACUACUGUGAAGCCAAAAGGAAGUGUGUAAUAAUUUAGUGUUGCAUUUGUGUGCAUAAUAAGUUUUUUUAGGUUAAAACAUAAUAUUACCGUCCUAUAGUCAAAUUAGAUAGAAAUAAUUUAGUCUGCUUCGUUUUAAAUGCCAUCUUAUACGUUACUUAGUUACUAAAGCUUGUAUAAGUGUCCCCUAUUAUGUUAUAGUAUUUUUAAACCAAAUAUUAGUAUUUUGUACAAUAGAGGUACUAGGGUGUGCCUUUAUCUAGUCUUGGGCGUCUCUUGGCAAAACUGAUUAGUAUAAUGAAAUUAAAAAAAAAAGUUUAUUUUUAAAUUAUCAAUUUCC